AUGACGAGCACCUCCACAUCUGGGAUCUUGCCAAUUGUCAGCUCAUCUAAUGCAUUUCCUAUAUGGCGCCUUCAGCCACACAUGGGCAAGCUCUUGAGUAAUGAUCUUCUAGGUAACGUCCUUUGGGAAGAAACUGAUCUCCCCUCCACCACCUCUUCUCUCAUGGAUCUCAUCAUUCCAAAAUCAAGUAUCCAUAGAUCAGUGAUUGAAGAAAUUACUUACACAACUGGAGUGCCGAUAUUGGCUGAUCGCAAGUGGCAACUCAAUAAACAUCAGAACAAGCAGAAACAGCAACAGAUGCAAGCACCAGACGAUACUGAUUCAGAUGCGGAGGAGUUGGAGACAGAUUGUGAUGGUUCCUCUGCGUCAGCUGCAUCUGACACCAGUGAAGGUUCCUCCUCAUCAGCCACAGCUGACACCAGUGAUCAGAGCUGGGGCUCCCAGGGAUAUAACCCUGAUAAUCCAAACAGAAAGCUGACCCUGAAGUGGACGCCAGAGCAAAAAUGGGCACGUCUCUUCAAUACCCUUUAUUUGGCCAUGCACAUGGCGUAUAAGGUGAUGUUCCCUCAUCGCUCACCCACCUACCCUUUCAAGCCUGCAGAUCUCAAAUGCCCACAUUGGCAAUGGUCACCGGAGUUUUGCAAUGUUCCCAUUCUGGAUGCGACCAAUAUCCAGAAGCCUGAUAUAGUCCUUCUUGAUCGCAACGUUCAACUGAAAGGCUGGGGGGCACAUCCUCACAUACCAUGGCAUACCAUUGUUCAACGCCUGGCAGCAAACUGUCUUUGCGCCCAUUACAUGGCUCGCUCAGGCCUCGCUAUCACAUGUCUCAUCCUAAUCACCGCAAAUCCGACACAUCUUGUGGACAUGUUAAACACCAUGUCACUGGGAAACAGCAAAGUUUAUGGCAUGGAUCCCACCAUGCACAUGUGCAAUGAUUCUUGCAAGAAUAUGCAAUGUGAGGUGGGGGACCAGGUGAUUGGCUGGAUAGAGGACAAGCAGAGGCAGAAAUUAUUGAUCAUUGCCAUUUUGUGGAGAAGCCAAGGUCUUUUCUCUCACGGAACCAUUUGCUAUCACAUUCAGGAUAAGGAUGGAGUCGAAUAUGCACUGAAGGAUUGCUGGGUGGAUGAGGCAAAGAAAUAUCAUGAAGAAAAGAUUAUUGAGAUCGUCUGGGGCAUUCCUAAUGUAGUUACUCUUGUUGCUGCUUGGGAUGUCAAGUACGAGGGAGAGUCUGACUCCACAUUGCGCAUCCAUAAUUGCCACAGCAAAUUCAGUCCUGGCUUUUGUUCACACAAGGCAAUGAUCAGGAGGAACAUCCUACACAGAGACCUUAGUCCCAACAACAUUAUUAUCCAUGAAGGACACGGCUUCUUCAUCGAUUUUGACCACACCCAGAUCAUCACACAAGGCAGCACCAGUAAGGGCACCAUACCAUACAUGUCUAUUCACCUUCUCUAUGCAAUAACUGCAAUUGCAAGAGACAAGGGUCUGGGAAAUAUGAUGGUGGAACAAACUGCCAGUGAUGACCUUGAGUCCCUAUUUUACAUUUUCAUCGAAUUCAUUACCUCAUUCUAUGGGCUGAAGGGCAGUAGAACAGACUUGAAGAAGGCAGACCGGUGGGGUGAAGUCAUUGAGGGCAUGGGCGCUGCGGCUGCUCCAUACAAAUUGGGGCUGGUGCUCAUGCCACGGCACGACAAUGAGUUGAUAAAUUGCACAACCACUUACUUUGGUGGAGUCAGGGAUUUAGUUCAGGCAUAG